AUGUCGUCAUCGCCUAACUCUCGGUCUUCGUCCCCGGCACCUUCGUUGGUGUCUUUUCUCUCCAAUUCUGUAAUCCGAACUUUGCAGCGGCUGUCUUCCGAGGUUACCGGUGAAGAUGAAUUCAAUAGCCACCGUCGGGAUGUUCAGAACAGCGAUAAAAAUCAUUCAUACCCCCGAUCAAAUGCGCCAAGAGCACCCCCGAGACAACCGUCUCCCUAUUUGCCUCCAGCCUUGUCGUCUCUUAUCCUCAUGUCGUCCUCUAGUAAUAGAUCGCUACUCACAGAGGCGAUAGCGGAAGAGAUAAGGCUUUUGAUACCGGCCCGGUUACAAUUACACGAGACAUGGACACUAAUGUACAGCCUCGAAGAACAUGGCGUAAGUCUAUCAACACUAUAUCAGAGGCUCGGAAAAGGUGCCUUUGUUUUUGUCGUUAGAGAUACUAGUGAUGGUAUUUUCGGUGCGUUCGCGAACGAGUCUAUACAACCAUCUGCAGGAAGAUACUAUGGAACUGGGGAAUGUUUUCUAUGGAAAGCCUCCACACUGUCGAGUAGUAGCGCCUCAUCUUUGUCCAUUUCGAACCAGUUUUCCAGUAGAACCUCCGAUAACAUACGCUUCAAAGCAUUUCCAUAUAGUGGAGUGAAUGAUUACAUGAUCCUUUGCGACCGAGAUUUCAUAUCUUUUGGUGGAGGAGAUGGUCACUAUGGUCUUUGGGUUGACGGUAAUUUGGAUUCUGGUGUUUCAUCCACCUGCCCAACCUUUGGAAACGAACCGCUAUCUGAAGAAGGGGACAAAUUCACCAUCUUGGGGGUUGAGGUCUGGCGGGUAGGCCCCCCAGGAUGA